AUGUCUGCAAGGUUCACAAUGAGUCGAGACCGUUUAGCUGAAUUGCGUGGCGCUAACAAUAGCGAGAAGCGCUACGAUGAUGAGGAUACGGCGCCUCCUAUGCCUACAGACACAAGAGGAUAUCGUCCACCUGCUCCACCAUCAGCAACCUACAAUCAUAACGCACGUGGAAAUCGUCAUGCAACAGCAGCGAUGGAUUCAAAAGAGGCCUUUGAAAUGAGCCAAUAUAGUCCUAAUGGGAGCAUUGUUUCGACAGAUCAGUUUUUUCAGGAGAUAGAAGAAGUGAAAGAGCUGAAUAGACAGAUCAAUCAAAAUAUCACCCUAAUUGAAGAACUACACGGCGCUGCAUUGACAAACACCACGACAUUGAAUGAUGAACAGUCUGAAGAAAACGCAUCUCGACUAGAAAGACUGGUAAAGCAAACAGCUAAACUCAAUACUCAGUGCAAAGAUAAGAUUAAAGCUAUUGAACUGAGUAAUGCUCGUAUGAACGCUGGGGGAGAUUUACCUAUGCGAAAAACUCAGCAUGCCGCUAUAAAACGAAAAUUUAUCGAAACUAUCCAGCGUUAUCAAGAUAUUGAGAGAACUUACCAGCAGAAAUAUAGGCAAAGAGUAGAGCGACAGAUAAGAAUUGUUCAACCCAAUGCAACAGAAGAUGAGAUUGAAAGAGUGUUGGAUUCGGAUGAACCACCACAGAUUUUUGCCCAGUCGUUAAUGCAAGCAAACCGGUCAGGUCAAGCCAGAGCAGUAUUAUCAGAAGUCCAAUCGCGUCAUGAUGAAAUUAAAAAGAUCGAAAAAACCAUACUGGAGCUACAUCAAUUAUUCAUGGAUAUGCAGAUGAUGAUUGAGACGCAGCAGGAAACCUUAGAUCAGAUCGAAUCUUACGCAGAAACAACAGUAGUAGAUUUGGAACAAGGAAAUAAGCAUAUAGACAAAGCAAUUGUGAGCGCAAGAAGCACCCGCAAGAAAAAAUGGUUCUGUUUCGUCCUGUUCAUCAUUAUCCUCAUUGUCGUGGGUAUCCUAAUUUGGUGGUUUGGCUUCAAUCAUGCUGGUAUAAACUAG